UUUCAGGUAAUUUUAAUCAGCCAGGAAAAUCCAGUUUUGAACAGAGUAAAAAAUGCCGCGACAGAAAAAAGCAAAGACGAAACCACAACGUGCGGAGAUUGAAAAUGCUCCACCAGACGUGCAACACAAAAUGUUGGUAGAAAUGCUGAAAAACGUGACAAUUCAUAUGGAUCAGCAAAAUGUGGCGCGAAAAGAAAUCAAUGAUUUUCACAAAAAGUCUGGGAAUAAUCAAGCACCGGCUAUGAAUAAAAGAGAAAAAAAUGAAGCAAAGACUCUUUACAAGAAACAUUUGAAUCAGGGACAAGAAGGAAUGAAUCAAUUAGAAGAAUUAAUCAAUAACAUGAAGCUAUGGAGAGCAAACGCAAUCAAUGAAUCACGAGAGAAAGGGGACUUGAACGCAAUUGAAAUAAUGAAGCUCAAACAUGGAUGUCUUCCCAUAAUAAACAUGGAGAAAAAUCCAGAGCCUUAUGGAGCCGGUGCUCUUCCAUUGCAAAAAAACACGCGAUUGGAAAAAUACGACGAAGUCGCUGCUUUUGUUGAAGAAACAAAUACAUGGAUUUUAGCGGAGGUUAAAGGUUCUAUUUCCAACCAUCGUUAUGAAUGUAUCGAUGUUGACGACCAGGAGAAGAAACUUCUUGUCUUCACCCGCAAACAGCUGAUCCCAAUGCCGAGAUUUACCGUGAACUAUGACAAAUAUCCGCACAUGGCACUUCCGGAAAAUGCAAUCGUUUUGGCAGUGUAUCCAGGGACGACCUGCUUUUACGACGGAAUUGUCCAUGAACCACCUAAAAUUGUAUCUGGAUUUUAUAAAAUUAGAUUUACGGACAAUCAGAAGCCGGGAAAACUCUCAGAUCCAAUGGAAGUAUCUGAGAGAUACGUGGUAGCAUUCAAGAGUGAACCGAAAAGUAACGCUAAAAAGUUGGCGGUUAAGCCAGAAGAAGAAGAGGCAGAACAGUCUACGUCAGCAAAUCCGAUUCAAGCUAAGAAUCGAGGGAAAUCGAAGGAUAAGCUAAAAGAAGAGAAAACAAAAUCACUGAAAGAGGAAAAAGACAUUCCCGGCCCUGCUCCAAAACCUCUUGAAACAGUGUUCUACGAGUCCACGGAUGAUGAACUGAAAGACAAAAAAACAAGGCGAAGAAAGAAGAAAUUAAAUGAAAAACCGAAUAAGAUCAAGAUCAUCAGAGCCAGGGUGCCACCACACAAGAAAAUCCGUUCAACGCGCCAAUUUGGUAAACGAAGAGUGAAACGAAAACCAAAAGUUCCAGUGGGCUCAUCGAACAGUGAGCAAGCAAAAUGUAAACUCGAGAAGGCGAAUUCUGAAGAAAAGAAAACUGAAGUUUCAAGUGAAGAUGUGUUUUUGGAUGCCAACGAAGAAUUUCCAGGAGUUAGCACAUAUGGGUUGGAAGAGGAGCAGGAUGACAGUGAGAAAGAAGUUUGUAAAAAACAUAGAAACAAAGAUGAUAAACGUGUUGAUGAUGUAGAAGAUUCGAAUGAUUUGGAAGAAAACGCAUCGUCUGCACCAAUGCGUAGCACUAGUGAGUGUGGGGAUGAAAGAGAAAGGAGAAACAGCUCUAGUGACUCCAGUGAUUCACAAUCCGGAAUUAGUAUCUCGGACCAUGAACGGUUGCAAAGAGGCUAUGAAACGGAAGAUGAAGCUGAUGAUUGAAUAUAGAAAAUUUACAUUUCAAAUGAAUCAUCGCAUAUAUUGUCAUAAAAAUCUAUGUCAUUUCUUUUCAUCAAUGAUGCAAGCACUGUUGCUCAAAAUAAAAUUGUCAUAUUAUAUAGACUGGCUUUAUAAAUUUUAUCAUUAAAUUAUUUUUAAAACUUUAUACUUGUUUCUUCGUAAAUGAAAUUUUUAAUAUAUUGUAAAA